CAUCACUAAAAGUAAGGUUAAUAAACUGUCAAAUAUUGACCAUUUUCAAAACUGUUACAUAAGUUUCUUUGAUUUUAGCCCAUACAAUUACCCUGAAACAUGGUCAAAGCAUCGGAUACUGGAGGCGUACAGCCCAUGACCAUUCAAGGUCGGCUGAUUAGAGAACGAGAACGUUUAGUAGGAAUGACUGAUGAGGAAAGGGCAUUCCGAGCCAAGUUUGUCAAGGCCCAAAUAUUGUCACCUAAUGAACCUCGAGUAGUACCUGAAUUAUACAAAGAGUACAACAACCCUAUAAGAAGAUUUUACAAAUAUCCUUUGAAUCAAUUUCAGAAAUUCCUUGAACCUAAAGUUGGUCCAGUUCUAUCAUUGAAUAUUCGAUAUUUCACUGGAAAGGCCCUCCUUGGAUUAGCUAUAGUUUAUUAUUCAGCUUAUUAUUUCAAAUAUAACGGUCACGAUUGGACAAGAAAAGGAGGUUGGAAAGUUACAGAAUCGAAACAAGCUGUUUUACCUGGAGAGCCAGGAUAUCCCAAAUUGUCUGAUAAAACGAAGCCUUCCGACUUUGCUACUAAAGGUUUCGAAAAAGUCACACUGAAUUUGUGAACAAAGCAGUCAAACUAGUGUAAAGAAUUCGAUCAAUUACAAUCGAUAGUAAAGUAAAAA